AUGUCAGCGAAAUGGCCCGGUUACACGCUGACGGGUGGUAACCCUAUGUAUCCGGUGCUGCGCGUGUGGAACACGAGUAACUUCAUGUCGCUGAACGUGAACUAUCGCCUGCCGGUGACGGAGAGUAGCCCCGAGUGCACCAUCGUGCCAGAGCUGGGCAAAGGCGUGACCUGCCCCGCCAUCUCCAUCCAUCGGUCCUUCGGCGUGCAGAUUGGCAAGAGAGCACCACUAACUGGGCAAGGAGUGGCAGAGCUGGGCAAGGGAGUGGCAGAGCUGGGCAAGGGAGUGGCAGAGCUGGGCAAGGGAGUGGCAGAGCUGGGCAAGGGAGUGGCAGAGCUGGGCAAGGGAGUGGCAGAGCUGGGCAAGGAGUGGCAGAGCUGGGCAAGGGAGUGGCAGAGCUGGGCAAGGAGUGGCAGAGCUGGGCAAGGGAGUGGCAGAGCUGGGCAAGGAGUGGCAGAGCUGGGCAAGGGAGUGGCAGAGCUGUUCAAGGGAGUGGCAGAGCUGGGCAAGGAGUGGCAGAGCCGGGCAAGGAGUGGCAGAGCUGGGCAAGGAGUGGCAGAGCUGGGCAAGGGAGUGGCAGAGCUGGGCAAGGAGUGGCAGAGCUGGGCAAGGGAGUGGCAGAGCUGGGCAAGGGAGUGGCAGAGCUGGGCAAGGGAGUGGCAGAGCUGGGCAAGGGAGUGGCAGAGCUGGGCAAGGAGUGGCAGAGCUGGGCAAGGAGUGGCAGAGCAGGGCAAGGGAGUGGCAGAGCUGGGCAAGGGAGUGGCAGAGCUGGGCAAGGAGUGGCAGAGCUGGGCAAGGGAGUGGCAGAGCUGGGCAAGGAGUGGCAGAGCUGGGCAACGGAGUGGCAGAGCUGGACAAGGAGUGGCAGAGCUGGGCAAGGGAGUGGCAGAGCUGGACAAGGAGUGGCAGAGCUGGGCAAGGAGUGGCAGAGAUGGGCAAGGAGUGGCGUGCCCCGCGACGCACACCGUCUUUGGCCCAGUGGGCGUGCAAUGGAGCAUGGCCAUGCCGCGUGGGGCUGGACUCACUAACGCUCACUGGAGUGGUUUCUCUCUCUCUCUCUCAACCCACACGUCGUCUCAAGCUCCCGCGUGCCUCCAAGCUACCCCCUAUCCCGUCUACCUCUCUCCCCCCCAGGGCAACAUCUUUGGGCGAGUGGACGUGCUACGCAGCAUGGACGUGCGCCUGGACUCACUCUCGGUCACCGGAGUGGCUUCCUUUAUCAAGUCGCCUGGGGUGAUCCGAGUGGCCCUGUGUGGGUACGGGCCGGGACUUCUCAAAUCCAACAUUGUCAUCUCCAACAAUGAGGUGUACGGGGUGAACACCCCCGUUGUGCUGCACAGGGGAGCUGAGGGCAUAGCAGUCACCAGCAUCUACAUUCAUGACCAUUGGGUGAACACUCCGAUCCUCUUGCACAGGGGAGCAGUUGGUGUAACCGUCAGGAACAACUACGUGCACGACUUCAUAUUCGCUGGAAUCAAGUGCGGUGCCGACGUGCAUUACAGCUUUGCGUGCAUGCUCAGUCGCAUCAACUCCAACCUUGUGGUUUCCUCUGGGAGGAACCUGAACGGGGAUCACGACUCGGCUGGGAUCUACUUCUACACGCACUGGUUUAGCCCGGGCAACUCGGCGCUGUGCAACUACGUGUUCAACGGCGAUCACUGCUAUUAG